CUCUGUGGUGCACUACUGCAUGCAAUAAUGCCUGAAAAGCACUCUGAGAAGGAGAGCGGCGAGCUGCUGCCGCGCUGCUCCGAGUGCACGCGCCGCUGCCGGUCCCGGCAGCACGCCGACCUGGUGAGCGCGGCCAUCACGCAGGCGGACGAUGAGCCGCUCAUAUCGUACCUGAGCUGGGUGUGCCACGCCGCCGCCACGGGCACCGACUCGGCCGGCCGCACACCGCUGCACGUGGCAGCCUCCUGCGGACGGACCCAGCUGGUGGAGUGGCUGGUGCGCGUGCGCGGCGUCCCCCUGGACACCAAGGAUGCCGAGUCGGGGAUGACCGCCCUGCAGAGGGCCGUGUUCUACGGACAGCUGGGAACCGUGCGCACGCUGCUCUCGCUGGGCGCCAGCGCUCUGACGCAGGACCACGCCGAUAUGACAACCUACGACGGCGUGCACGCCGACCGUCCGCCGCUGGUCGAGCUAACGCCCAGCGCGCCCUGCGAGCCGUACGUCUGGGGUGCCAACCCGUGGUUCAGUAUCGGAGUGGAGCGCAUCAAGGCGCGCCCGGUGCCCGAGCCGCUGGAUGUGUUCCGCCGUGCCGGUUUCUGGAUCAGACAGAUCGCCAUGAGCAAGUUCCACACGGUGUUUGUGACGCAGAGCGGCGAGGUGUUCAGCUGCGGUCACGGUAUCGGCGGCAGGCUGGGGCACGGUGACGAGGAAUCGGUGAUGGCGCCGCGGCCGGUGCGCGCCCUGCGCGGCGAGCGCUGCGUCCAGGCGGCCGUCUCCGCCGAGCACACGGUACUGCUGACGGAAAGUGGAGGUGUGUGGACGUGCGGUCUGAACCACGCCUGUCAGCUGGGCCACUCGCCGCCGCCCGCGCAGCUGACGGCGCCGCGACUCGUCGACUGGAGCCGCGGACGGCGCGACCGUAUCACCGGUGUCUGCGCCUCCAGGUACCACACCGUGCUCUGGAACUCUGAGGCUCUCUACUGCGUGGGGCUGAACGGCGGACAGCUGGGGCAGCACAAGGACGAGAACGCCGACAAGCGGUUCAUCCUGCCGCGCAAGGUCACCAUGCUGGACCGGUCGCCGGCCUCCUCCGUGUCGGGCGGCGGCGCGCUGCGCCUGACACACGUGACCUGCAGUGACGGCGGUACGGCGGCGGCCACGGCGGCCGGAGACGUACUCCUGCUUUCCGAGUACCGCUGCCGACGGAUCGCCUCUCGACUGCUGAACGUGCGCGCCCUGCGGCUGGCCGGCGGCGCGCCCGACCCGGGCUCACUGCCGGCCGGCCGCGCCGCCGAGUCGCGUCCCGAACCGCUCCGACUGCUGGUCAUCACAGCGGCCGGCCAGCUGUUGCUCUGGCACCAGCAGUGGCCCACGCUCACCAGGUGCGUGCCGGACCUGCGGCGCGGGCUGAGUGUGGCGGACGCCGAGCUUGACCGGCACGGGCUCAUCCUACUGGCGGAGUCGGGUCAGGCGUUCACGGCCACAGUCACACACGGAAAGGAGGCACCCGCGCCCGCACCCGCGGCGACCGUCACACACAGUAGGGCGGUGCCCGGACACGCGGCAGGCACCGAGCGCGACCGGCACUCGCCGCCCAAACAGGCUGCCAAAGGUGACAGCCGCCCGAAGCCGGCCGGGAGCGCGGGCGGCGUGCCCACGGCCCGCCUCCACCUGACUCGUCUGCCGCACAUCCACCGAGGCGUGAGCGUCACCUGUGACGGCACCGGCGGCAGUGCGGCAGCCGUCCAGUGCGACCCGCGCGCCUUCCUGCUCGAGGUGCCGCAGGUGUCGCCUUCCCAGCUGCGCCGUGACCUGGGUCGUCUACUCAGCUCUGCCGACGAGACCGACUCCAUCCACGAUCUGGUGCUACUGGCGGGCCACGAACGUUUUCCGUGUCACAAGUUCAUCCUGGCGAGCGGCUCGAGCUACUUCAGCCAGCAGUUUGCCGGUGUCGAGUCCGGUGACGUGACCACCCACCGAGUGGAUGGGGUGCCAGCGGCCGCGCUGCGCCAGGUGCUCCAGUUCCUGUACAUGGGAACCUGCGACCUGAUGCGGCCCGGACCCACCGACUUCAGACUGGAGCCGACUGACCCGGGCACGGGGCCGGGGUCACGACCUCAGCCGCAGCACAAGUCGGACAAGAAGGCGGCCGGGAAGGCGCGGCCGCCCCAGCCGCUGCAGGUGGUCCGGGAGGCGGCUCGGCGACUGGGGGUGCCGGCGAUGCUGACCAAACUGGACGGGGUCCGUCUGACGGCCGGUCGGAUCGAGCUGGCCCGCGGAGCCGACAUCAGCCCGGCGCCGCUGCGGCUCGACCCGGCCGCUCCGCCCGGCCUCAGCGAUGUGUCCGUGGUGGGCACGGAUGGCGCCGCCGUCCUCUGUCACAAGUGCGUACUGGCCGCACGGCUCGAGUACUUCAACAUGAUGCUGUCCAGCACCUGGGCCGAGAGUCGGUCGUCCGAGCCAGUCCGUCUGUCGGUCCCCGGCGCGGUACUGGCCAUCCUGCUGCGCUACUGCUACACGGACGAGGCUCUGCUCCAGCUGGGAGAUUCUGAACAGCUGCAGACUGAUGACCUAGAGCUGCUCUGUGGCCUGUUGGCCGCUGCCGACCACAUGCUGGCCGACCGGCUCAAACACAUCUGCGAGGUGGCGCUGUCCCGGCAGCUGACUCUGAAGAACGCCGUGGAAAUACUCGAGUUCAGCUCGCUAUACGGCGCCGAGCAGCUGCAGGCAGCCUGCAGUCAGUUCAUCUGUCUGAACCUGGCCGCCCUCAUGGAAAACAGGACGCUGGAGCAGGCGUCCGACGAGGUGCUGGAGCAGCUGGGCCGCUACUACCGCCGGGAGAACCCGGCCGUGUCACGCCGCCGGCUGACACCCGCAGACGGGCCGCCCGGCAAAGAACUGAUCGCCGCCGUGCACCGCGCGUAUCCCGUGUCUCCGGACGACCCGGCGCCGGAGCCCGCGGAAGAGGAGGUGCGGUCGCGGCCGCCGCCCCGGCGCCGUCCCAGCGGCCGCCGCUCGUCGGGCCCGUCACGCGGCCCCGGCGCCGAGCCGCAGCGACAGCGGGCCGUCUCCAGCUCGUCGGUGAUAUCCCUAACCGCCUCCGAGGCUGCCAGCGAGGACGGCGACACGCUGCCCGAGCUGAACGGCGCCGACAUCCCAUCCAGCCCGGUGCCCGAGUUCACCCUGGUAACCCGGAGGCGACACCCGGAGCGCACUGCCGAUCAGCCCCCACCUCCGGCCGAAACCGCCGCCGAACAGCGCUACAUACCCGGGAUGACGCCUCGUCCGCAGCCGGCGCGCGCAGCUCCGCCGGACUCUCCGCGGGAGGACCCGGUAUCCCCGCGGGAGAAUCCGGGAUCCCCGCGAGAGGACCCAGGAUCUCCACAUAAGGAUCCGACCACACCGCCCGAGGCCUUCCCUGCUCUGGGCUGUGAGGUGACCAGGACCGCUGCCGGGCCCAGUCCAGCCUCCGGCGGUGACCGACCCGCCGAGGGCAGGCGCUCCAGCACCAAGAAGGGUCGCCGCGGCCGGCCUCUGGCCCUGGACGGGUCUCCCAUGGCUCCAGCCGCGGCCCCAGUCACUCCAGUCAAGACGGAGACGCCUCGCCGACCCGCCUGGUCUGCCGGCGCCGCCAACAGACCUGCCUGGACUGCCGGAACUACCAACGGCACUGGCGAGCGUGUGCGACCCCUCCACAAGUGA